AGAGUGGGGAGCAGGUAUCCCGCGCACACACCCCAGGACUGUGCUCUGGCUUUGGAUCCCAGGCGGCUGGCCUUGCAGCACUCGGGCCCCGCAGGUCACCUUGCUCCCAGGGUGGCCCCUGAGUUGAGGAACCUGGGGCGUUGUGGGGAACAGAGGGGUGUUUACUUCACUCAGCAGAGCCCAGGAGACGGCAGCAGGAUGGGCGGGCGCCCCUCGAGCCCCCUGGACAAACAGCAGCAGCAGCACCUGAAGGGCCAGGUGGACACCCUGCUGAGAAACUUCCUGCCUUGCUACCGCGGGCAGCUGGCAGCCUCAGUCCUGCGGCAAAUCUCCAGAGAGCUGGGCCCCCAGGAGCCAGCCAGAUGCCAACUGCUGCAUAGCAAAAAGCUACCCCGAGUCCGUGAGCACCGAGGGCCCCUGACCCAGCUGCGGGGCCACCCACCCCAGUGGCAGCCAAGCUUCUGUGUUCUGCGUGGGGAUGGCCGCCUGGAAUGGUUCAGCCACAGGGAGGAAUAUGAAAAUGGGGACCGUCCCCUGGGCUCCACGACCCUGACAGGGUACACAGUCCUGACUUCCCAACAUGAAUAUCUCUGCCUGUUGGAUGCUCUCUGCCCAGACUCCUCAAGAGACCAUACACAGGAAGAGCCUGAUCCCCUCUUGGAAAUGCCUGUUAGCUUCCCCCUGUUCCUGCAGCAUCCCUUCCGCCAGCACCUCUGUUUCUCUGCAGCCACAGGGGAGGCGCAGCGUGCCUGGAGACUAGCCCUGCAGGGCGGCAUCCGGCUUCGAGGCACAGUCCUGCAGCGAAGUCAAGCGCCGGCAGCCCGUGCCUUCCUAGAUGCCAUACGGCUCUACCGGCAACAACACGGCCAAUUUGGCAACGAUGACGUGACCCUAGGUUCCGACGCUGAGGUGCUGACCUCGGUACUGAUGCGGGAGCUGCUGCCAGCGCUGCGAGCCCAGACCCUGCCCGGCCUGCGAGGAGCCGGCCGCGCCCGGGCCUGGGCAUGGACCAAGCUCCUGGACGCCGUCCACUCUGCAGUCCUGGCUGGGGCCACCGCGGGGCUCCGCGCCUUCCAGCCAGAAAAGGACGAGCUGCUCGCGGCCCUGGAGAAGACAAUCCGCCCAGACGUGGAUCAGAUGCUGCGGCUGCAGGCGCGCGUGGCUUUGAGGCUGAAGGCCGAGGUCCAGGGCCCCCUGGAGUCGUGCCUGCGCGGGAAGGUGGAUGCACAGCUGCCCCGGAUCACACAGACGCUGCUGAGCACUGUGGAAGCCGAACUCGCGGCGGUGCGGACCCUCCUAACCCAGGGCAUGGACCGCCUGUUCCGCCUCCUUCGUGGGAGUUCCUCCAGCACCCAGCUGCGGAAGGAGGUGUACUCAUUUGGGGAGAUGCCAUGGGACCCAGAGCGGAUGCAGAUUUGCUACCGAGAGGCCAAGAGGAGCCGGGGGCAGCUGGGGCAGCUGGCAGCACUGUUUGGCUUCUUUGGAAUACAGAGCCUAGUGUUUGGGGCCCAGGAUCUCGCACAGCAGCUCAUGGCUGAUGCCGUGACCACCUUCCUACAGCUGGCUGACCAGUGUCUGACCACGACUCUGGACUGCGACCAGGCCACCCAGCAGCUGGAGAAAGUCAGGGGGCGUGUGCUGAAGAAAUUCCAGUCGGAUAGCAGCUCGGCGCGGAGGAGGUUCAUCCACAGCUGGCUGCUCUGCAUCUUCUUGCCCUUUGUGUUGAGCCAGCUGGAGCCGAGCUGCAAAGCGGAGCUGCUUAAGUUUGAAGGGGACGUCCUUGCUGUGGGCAGCCCUGCCCUGACCAUCGAGGGGAUUUACGAGGAUGUUGUCCGGGGGUUCCUGCUCCAGAGGAUCAAUCGAGAAUUGAAAAAGGCCCUUGGGGCCAGAAACAUAUCCUGCAUUCUGGAUGACUGCUCAGAGGCGCCAUGGGACCAGGCAGAAGCUGCUCCAAAUCUUAACUUAGUACCAAAUUUCCCAGCUGACAGUAGAGCUUUUACUGGUUUCCCCCUGCCUGCCAGAAGCUCAAUCCACUGGAGGUUGGCAGCUUCUGCACAUCACAAGCCUUCCAGCUGCUUCUGGCGCCAGUCCCCGAGAGGGGUUUCCCCAGUGUUUUUCUCAGUUCAGCUUUCAGAGGGAGGACAUGCAGACUCCCUGGUUUUCUCCCUUUCUGCCCUGGAAUGUUCAUCCUCCCCCAGGAGAAUGAGCUUUUCCUUAGCUUUCCCUCCUAAACUUUUGCCUCAUGUCCCUUGAGCACAUCGAGGACACACAAUCUGUGCUCUGAAUUUUACUUAACAAUAUUGAGCCUCCCCCCACCGCCCACGUUAACAGACAUCUGAGCAUCUUUCUUAAAACAAUUUUUUUUAACAACACAAAAGCGAUCAGGGAAGCCUGGUGUGAUGCCGUUCAUGGGGUCGCAAAGAGUGGGACACGACUUAGCAACUGAACAACAAAAAGUGAUUAGAAACACAUUAGAUUAUUGGGGGGAAAAAUAGAUUAUUGAAAAACAAUCCCCUUGUAGCAUUUCUAGGGAAACGCCCACCUUGUCUCCAGAGCUUGUGCUCAGCCAGUUCCAUCCUCUGACAAUCCUGAGGUCACUAUGACUCCAUUUUACAUAUGGGCAAACUGAGGCUCACACAGCGACCCCACGCGCGGGCUGGAUUUAUAGCCAGGUCUGGGGACUCCAGGGCCCAUGGUCUUAGUAUCCAACAACCCCUGAGGACAUCUCUGGGAGAUGGAAAACUAAGACGGUAAAACCAUGUUGCAGCAGAGGAAACUGAGUCUCAACCCAGAUCCUAACUAUACAGGUCUGCCUCGUGACACAAUCGGGGUCUUACACAAAUAGGAGUGGGACAGAGAAUCGGGUUGAUCCCGGCGGGGAGACGUUUCUGAGGCAAGGCAGAUUCUGAGCUCUGACACAUUUACUGCACAGACCGAAGUUCAGAGCGCUCCAAGCCUAAGAGGGGGCGGGGGAUCCCGAGCCUGC